GGAGGCGGCUCUGCGAUGGGCGGGCGAGCUGGCGGCGCUGACGGCACGGCUGCGUGCGCUGCAUGCACAUCCUACCUUCCACACCAGCCCCGGUAUGCCCUGAAUACUAUACAGGCGGAGGCGGCUGUGCGAUGGGCGGGCGAGCUGGCGGCGCUGACGGCACGGCUGCGUGCGCUGCAUGCACAUCCUACCUUCCACACCAGCCCCGAGAUGCAGGAGCAAGUUGACAGCGUGGUGACACAGGCGCACGCAUUAGGCCUGAAGGCCAGCGGAGCGCUGCGACAGUUGGAGCAACGCGCGACCACCGCUGCCGCGGGCGUGGGUGGAGCGGCGGCGCGCGCGGCACGUCUGCAGGCGGCCUGCUGCCGCCGGCGGUACGCGGCAGCGCUAGAGCACCAUCAUAGUGUGUUAACGGAAUUGCGUACUGCGCGGCGUCGAUUACUUGCUGAUCAAUUGGCUCUUACUAAUUCAGAGAUUACAGAGGAGGAGUGUGAGAGACUGUUGGACGACAACCGUCUCCAAGUUUUCGUCGAUAAUAUCGAAGCAGAAACGCGCGAGGCCCGGCUCGGCCUGCGCGAGGCAGAGGCGCGUCGCGCGGAGCUGGCUAAAGUGGAGGCAGCCCUCGUGGACGUCCGCGACUUGUUCGGACAGCUGCAUCACCUCGUGGCCGUGCAGCAGGAUCAGCUAGACAGCGUCGAGUACUUCGCGCUGCAGGCCACGGAGCACGUCGUCGUUGGUCAGCACGAGCUGUUGCAGGGGAACGUGUUCCGAAAGAAGACUAAACAGAAAAAAAUCGGUUUGAUUGUCUGCAUCUCAGUGGGUGUAUUCAUAGUCCUGCUGGUGCUCAUCUACACGUAGACUAUCCCUAAGGCCCUGGCGCCCUAUGGCCGCUAUAGCGGAGAGCGCUAUAGACAUGCAUAGCUCUGUCUCGCUCGCACAUAAUGAGCUCGUGCGCCGGUUGGCGCAUUUAACUAGUCAGUCCAGUUUCAACGACGCGACGCUUAUAGUCAAUUUC